AUGGUCAGGGACGCGGUGAACGCUGCAAAGGCUGUGCUCUUACUCACCACAAGUGGACAGCUCUUUGUGGACAGUCUGCACCUCCAGCUCGAACCCCAGAACUACGCUCACGACUUUGUACUGAGAGUAGCCGAGGAUCAGAAAUGGCCAGCGAACAUUUUCAGAGAGUUGUCUAGCUUCUUCCUAGCUUACCCGCGGUGCAUGCUGAAAAUCUAUCACCCGAACUUAGCAUCGACCAAGCCCUCAUCUCUACUGUUCACGGCGCUUCUUGUCAAGUACGGCUCACGCAACGAUAUGACAUUCUUGCCAAAGAUCACCAACGACUUGGUAUUCCAACAAAGCAUCCUAAAUGCUUUACCAGAACAAGUCAAGAACGAGUUUAUUACGCCGAUGCCGAAGAAUAUCGUCAUCUUUCCGCAUUCGACACAUUGGAUGAGGCCGCAUUCCGCCAUUCGUGCAACAAUCACGGGGUCAUUCGUAGAAUCCUACUGA